GGGGUUGUACAAGAGGCUACAAAUAACUUUGAUGAGAGUUGGGUUAUUGGAAUCGGUGGUUUUGGGAAGGUAUACAAGGGAGUCUUAAAUGAUGGAACUAAAGUGGCUGUCAAGAGGGGAAAUCCACGGUCUCGACAGGGACUUGCAGAGUUCAGGACUGAAAUUGAGAUGCUAUCUCAAUUCCGUCACCGCCAUCUUGUCUCAUUGAUUGGGUAUUGUGAUGACAAGAGUGAGAUGAUUCUGAUAUAUGAAUAUAUGGAGAACGGAACCCUGAAGAGUCAUCUCUAUGGCUCAGGUCACCCCAGCUUAAGUUGGAAGCAAAGGCUUGAAGUAUGCAUUGGAUCAGCUAGAGGACUUCACUACCUUCACACUGGCUAUGCAAAAGCAAUUAUUCAUCGUGACGUGAAAUCUGCAAAUAUCUUGCUUGAUGAAAACCUCAUGGCCAAGGUUGCUGAUUUUGGGAUUUCCAAGAUGGGGCCUGAAAUCGAUCAAACACAUGUCAGUACAGCAGUGAAAGGGAGUUUUGGAUACCUUGAUCCUGAAUAUUUUAGAAGGCAACAACUGACAGAGAAAUCAGAUGUGUAUUCAUUUGGGGUGGUUUUGUUUGAGGUCCUUUGUGCAAGACCUGUUCUAGAUCCGUCCCUUCCAAUGGAAAUGAACUUGGCUUUAUGGGCAAUGGAAUGGCAGAAGAAGCGGCAGUUGGAGCAAAUAAUAGAUUCUACCCUUGCAGGAAAAAUCAGACCAGAUUCUCUCCGGAAAUUUGGAGAAACCGCCGAGAAAUGCUUGGCUGACUAUGGUGUUGACAGGCCCUCCAUGGGAGAUGUGUUGUGGAAUCUAGAGUAUGCCCUUCAACUUCAAGAGGCAGAAAUUCCAGGUGAUGCUGAAGAAAAUAGUACCAAUAUGAUUGUCGAGCUAUCCCCGCAAGUCAACAACUUCAAUAAUGUAUUGGCUCGAGUUUGUGAAUUUGACGAGAUCAUAGACAUUUAUUUGUCCUAAGUGGGAACGUAUUGACUGUACAUGUAAGUGACAUCACUAUUUAGAUCUUGGCUUAUUUAUAUAGAUGACCCAUGUGCUUUCAAA